AGGGCAGAAAAAAGACAGCUGUUUUUAGGGUAACCUAACUAACCAAUCAGAGCGCGGGGGGGGCGGAGCCUGUCGGAAUACGGGUGUGGAAAAAAAGAAGAACGCAACGGUCCUCGUCGCUUCAUCCGGUUACGCCCACAAAAACGGUCACAACAACCAGCCGCCUUCAGACCGAGAGCUGGACACAAGGCUGCUGACCGUGAAAAGAGGGAUAUGGGAGCGUGAGCGGGUCCAGCGACCACUCGGGGGUCUGUGUUGAGCGCUUUGCCCCCGGCUGGCCCUUAUGUGGAGUCUUUUCUUUCGUUUUCUGUGACACUAAUAGCUAGUUAGCCUGCAGCUGCUGUGCUCCUGACUCUGUUUCCUGCUGAUGGUGUGAGUUGCCGGGCUGUUUUCGGGCUCUGUUCGGUGUGGAGUUGGUCUGUUUUUCUCUCUGCCCUAUCCUGCUGUCUGAGCCAUGGCUGAGGCCGAGCAGGUCGACGACGCCGAACUGUCUCUCCAAGGAAUAAACAUGCUGCUCAACAACGGCUUCAAGGAGAGCGCCGAGCUUUUCCACAGAUACAGGAAUUACAGCCCUCUGAUGAGUUUUGGUGCUAGCUUUGUCAGUUUUCUGAAUGCCAUGAUGACGUUUGAAGAGGAGAAGAUGCAGGUGGCAUAUGAGGACCUCCAGGCCACUGUGAGGCUGUGCGAGUGUGACAGCACUGGUGUCAUCGAGACCAUCAAAAACAAGAUCAGGAAGAGUCAGGUAGAUGGUCACAGAUCAGAGGUGGCCAUGAUGGAGCGGCUGCAGAGGCUGAUCAUAGUGGCAGACUGCCAAGUCUACCUGGCUGUGCUUUCCUUCGUCAGACAGGAGCUCUCAGCAUAUAUUAAGGCUGGUUGGAUUCUCCGCAAAGCCUGGAAGACAUACAAUAAAUGCUACAAUGACAUCAGUCAGCUACAGGAAGCCUGCCAGAGGAGGUCUUCUGCACCUCAAGGGGCGCUGUCCUCUGAUCGGGCCAAACCCAGUCAGAGUCCUCAGUCAUUACUGCCUGAAGCCCAGGAAGAACGCUGUAGUGAUCAGCCCAAAGACAACCAGAAAUCUGCUCUACCUCCUGUACCAAAGGCUGCACAAUCUAAUGAACAUCCUGACCACCAGGAGGCGAACACCUCCAGGAAACCCAAACCCAGCCAGAAGGCUCCCCUGCGGUACGAGGCCGGCUUGACGGCAGAGUCUCUGAGCCGACUGAAGGGUUCAGUCAGCUUCGGAUACGGCCUCUUCCACCUCUGCAUCUCCAUGGUGCCUCCUCACCUGCUCAAGAUCAUUAACCUGCUGGGCUUCCCUGGCGACCGGCAGCAGGGGCUAACGUCCCUCACGUAUGCGAGCGAAAGUAAGGACAUGAAGGCCCCUCUUGCUACACUUGCCCUCUUGUGGUACCACACGGUAGUUCAGCCCUUCUUUGCUCUGGAUGGCUCAGAGACGGAGGCGGGGCUUCUGGCUGCCAAAGCCAUUCUUCAGAAGAAAGAAGCGGAAUACCCAGACUCCUCCCUCUUCAUGUUCUUCAAAGGCAGAGUGCUGCGGCUGGAGUGCCAAAUCAGCAGUGCCUUAACGUCCUUCAACAGUGCUUUGGAACUGGCUACGGGCCAGAGGGAGAUCCAGCAUAUUUGUCUCUAUGAGAUUGGUUGGUGCAGUAUGAUCGAGUUGAGCUUCACGGAUGCAUUCAGAGCGUUUGAUCGUCUGAGGACGGAGUCCCGUUGGUCCCAGUGCUACUACGCCUACCUCACUGGAGUGUGUCAGGGAGCAGCAGGUGAUCUGGAUGGAGCCUGCUCUGUGCUUAAAGAUGCUGCUCGCUUAUUCAGGAGGAAACACAACCAGAUUGAACAGUUUUCCAUGAGGAAGGCAGAGGAUUUAAGAAAACUCCCGCCUACAAGAGAGCGGUGCACUAUGGCAGCCAUUGAGGUGCUCUACCUUUGGAAAGCUCUGCCCAACAGCUCUACCUCCAAACUGCAGCUCAUGAUUCAAGUUUUACAGCAGAUGGAGGACUCUUCGUGUUCUGGUCUAAAACACCUCCUGCUGGGAGCCGUGCACAAGUGCCUGGGCAACAGCGCAAACGCAGUGCAGUGCUUUCAGGUGGCUUUGAGAGAUGAGCAGGGACAUCUGUGUAACUCCUACGUGCAGCCCUACUCUCUAUAUGAGCUGGGAUGCAUAUUUCUGGAAAGCCCAGAGUCUACAGCCAAAGGAAAGGCUCUUCUACUUCAAGCCAAGGAGGACUUUUCUGCGUAUGACUUCGAGAACAGGCUACACGUGCGAAUCCACACAGCGUUGGCUUCGCUGAAAGAGGCAGCAACCCGAUAGCUAGACUUUUCAAGACUUCACUCCCCUUCCAGAAGCAAGAGCAAUAUGAUCUUGUGUAAUAAAUGAUUGACAGUUUGAGCGACUCUCGCCUUGAACAAGGGGAAAAAAAACGAACGUCAAACAUCCGUAAAUGACUGAAGACCCGUGGGACAGCGCUGGUUGCACCCGAGCGCACUCCACUGGAAGAAUUAAUGUUGAACAUCACGACACAACAGUGUCCGAAAAAUGACACAAACGUCCCCUUUAAACAGCGACGGAGGCGAUGGAUGGAAUGGCCACAAUAGAAUGAAAAGAGGAGCCAGUAAAAAGCCUAAUGUAAUGAGAUUCAUCCAGUCAAGACAGUUCAUCACCAAAUGCCCUUUAACCCUUAGAAGUUGCAGUUAUCGCUGGCGAUAACAAGAGCGUGUUAAAAUUUGAUAUGAAUUAUUUCAUAGCUCUUUGAGACAAGAGAAGACAUUUGUCAAAAGUGCAGAUUCUAAAUUUUCAAUCCAGAGUACUUUUGUGUUUAUAAGAUUUCAUUGUAGUAUUUUGUAAUCUUGUCAAAUUCGUAUUUUGCCUUUUGGUGUUGUGAUUUUUCUGACAUUGAAACAACCAGGAAAAAGUCAGAAGUGCAAACUGGAAUCUGUCAAUAUGGAAUGUAAAUUGAAUGUAAAUGUAAUUUAUUAUAUUGCUAACUACAUAAUUAACUAUGUAAAUACACUUCAGUAGUAAAGGAAAACAACUUUAACUUGACUUCUAAGGGUUAAAGCUGUCUGACUUUUCUGGACCCACGCACAACCCUUCAGUCCCUCCUCUUGGAAGAUACAAUAAGACCCUGUUAGUUCUAAUCUAUGGAACUUAUUAAGUUCUCUCUUCCAUUGUGAACUUUCUGUCUAAUUGAGUCAUAAUUCACUUGUUAUAGAGGUAUUUUUUCACUCCAGACAUCUGUCUUGAAUGUGGUCAGGUUUAAUAGCAGCUCUGACUUUUUUUCUAGUCUUUGCAUAAAUACCAGAGAGUAAGUAUCUCUCCCCUAAUGGAGUCUCUGUUACACUGGCGACUGUUUUGCACAGAAAACGGAAAGUACGGAAUUAUUCUGCAAGAAUGAAUAUGGUUUACAGUUGUUUGGACUGCAUUGUGUUAAAGUCUUAAAGCACAGUUAGACACUUACAGCGUAGUCCGUGAUCAAGUUGAAAGCAAUUCAGUAAUAAUGUUGCACAAAUUAACUAUUUUACUUAGAUUGAUACAAUAACAGCAUUUUUAAACAAUUACAUUUACUUAUAUUUCUGCAGAAUAUGAGAAGCACACUGAAGGUGCAUCCAAGCUGUUCUCAAUUCUCCUAGUUGGAGAAUUGAACUGCCUGCUGCUGUUUCUGGUUACGACUAUCUAACUGGCUUAGAUGUCUGAAAAAUGUCAUGCGAUUGUUGACAUUACUGUCCAACAGAAAUAUGUUACUCACUUACUGCACUGGUGUCCUCUAAGGACAGCAGGCUGAAAGCAUUCCGCAUGUUCACCCUCAGCACCACGUCUUUUAAGUUGAAGGACAGAGUCCUUUUUUUCUCAUUGAUAGCUAAAGACAUACACUGAAAAAACGAAACAUUUUGAAAAAACUCAAUGUUCAUUUGUUUAAUCUGCUUAUUUGUUCAUCCAAUGUUAGGCUGGCAAUAAAAUAGGAAUUGCAAAGCAGAGCCUAUAUUAUAGCAUUUGCUAGACAUUGCCUUUCAGUCUAAUCAUCUUAGAGAGGUAAGCUAACAUAGCAUUAGGAGUCUAACUCACAGAUGCUUAUUGGAACAGCAUGGUGUGCUUAACUGGGAAAGGAGUGAAACCCCAGUCUGCUGGGUGGAGAGCAGAGGUAUUACCUGCUGUGUUAUACAAACUGCAAUCAAUAUUUGGAAUAGUGUAGUGGAUAACACUGCUGUCCUCCACCCAGCAGACUGAGGUUUGAUUCUUUGCCUGGGACAGAACCAAGAGUCCCUGAAUAAGACUCCUAAUGCACGUCGGCUACCUCAGUAAAGUGGUUAGACUGUAAGUCUGAUGACGGAUGAUGGUGUCGUCCGACAGAUGUAAAUAUAAUGUAGGUUGUUUCCCCUUUUUAAAAAUGUUCUGUUUUAUUGGCAGCGUAAUGCUGGAUGAACAAAUUUAAGUUAGUUAAACAAAAUAACCUUAGUAAGAGGCACCACACACUCGGCUGCUGAGAAAAUCUUCACUCUAGGCCGUGGUUGAAAUGUCUUGAAAUCCAUUGCCAAAAUAUUGAAUUACAGUGUUAGAACUUCAAAGAGCACAGUGUAUUACAGAUAAUCAGAUAAGAUCAUUAACAUGGAGGGUGUGGCUUUAAGACACUAGCUACAGCACUGUUAGUGGACGUAGUUUGCUUAAAGAUGUUUUUGAUUUCUAAUGAACCAGGCUCAACAGUAGGUGUGUUGAAUGUAAUUUAUAUUGUAGAUGCAACUCUUGACCUCAACUUUUGAGAAAUAAACAGUUGAAACAGUG